AUGAGGAGGAUGAUUACCAUCCUGAGUUUCUUCACAUCCUGUAUGAAUGGAGAGCGGAACAUUCUGGAUCGGAGCAAGAGUGCGACAGGCAGGAUGUGCCACCUUCACUCCAGAGAAUCCUUCAAGGCUGAUUCCCUCUAUCACACCAUGCACGACUCCUUCCUGUCGGAAGGCGAUGGUCUGUUCCUUGACACCCAUGGCAGCCCAAUCUUCGACCCGAGGACCAUCAG